GGCUGGUUUCUGGAACAACAAGGCUCUGGCAAAGAACAGCAAUCCCAAGGCCUCCUCAUAGCUUGCCAUGGCAAUAGCAACUGAUCACCAUACUGCCAGAGCGAUCCAUAUGCUUCACGGGCGGCCUGAAACGGUGUCAUCUGCUUGACGUGUUUCGUGCUCGAGAUACGUGGUUCUGAGACAAAGUAUGAAGAGCAGCAUGAGUGACCACUGCUGGGUCACAGACUUGCAGUGCGACCCACAACUUGUUACAGUAACACAGUGCACCCGAUUCCCCUCAGGAGCGGGGACUGUCAAUGAACGUUUGACAAUGGCCGAUCCUCCAUACUCGACGGACCGCUGUUCCUAUCACCGCCUCUCACUCUUGAUAUGCAUAGACACCGUGGCAUCCAUCUCAGAAACGCGAAGCCGAUACCUGCGGGAAACACAUGGUGCGGGAAAGGGAAAAAGAUUUUGGAUAAAUCAUGCAAGGUUCCAUGAAACGGCCCAUUAGUCAAAGAUAAGUCGAGUUGUACACGCUCACAUCAACCAUCGUGGUGACUUCAGGUGUGGAGAGACGUGAUAUGGGCUGUCCGAAACGACUCGGAGGUGUCAAG